UCCAGCAGAUCAUCCUAGUCUGUGUGGUGUCUUCACACUUAAAGCCCAUGCCGUGUGAGAGUAUGAUUGAGGAACUGUACAAGGAGAGGAACCGAAACCGGGGCCAGCCGUGUGUACAGAGCCGACUCGAUUCAUUCAGAAUAUUGAAGUAUGAUAUCAACACCGCAAAUGACCACACAGGUCAAGGAUCUGCUCUGCUCGUUGAGCGACACAACGUAACUCCCGGCAUGUUCCUGAUGUAUAUUGGAGGGAAGUUGCUGUUUGCUGACCACAUUUUUAAUGGAUACAGUACCACUGUCAAGGAUCUGAAGAAACAAUUAGCCAAAACUUAUGAAGACUAUUUAACAGGCCACCACCUGCUCCAUGACUUCAGGUUCAGUUCGUUUCAUUACAAUCAAUCAGGUACCGAAUUGGACAAGAGGCUCUCGAUUAGUCAACCGGACCAUCGCGAGAGACCCAGAUCUGAAGCCUCUAUUCUGCCAGGCACAUGCAUUUUUCCGACUUCUGACAGGGCUGCGACAAUCCAGAACUUCAUCGCGUUUAGUUUGUCUCAGCGAAGUGGCUGUUGCAGUAGUAUGUUGUACUGAAUGGCAUCUGGACUCUGGGACCGUGCAGUGGAAGGCUGACACCUCCGGCCUGAGCAGUAAUUUGGGUUAUUGCUCACACCUAGCAUUUGUCACCAAUUUCUGCAGUACCACUUGAUAAAAAUUACUGUGCUACUCUUGUUUGUUCAGACCAAAUAUAGUGGUACGGAAGGGGCUCCCUGUUCACUGCAAGCAUGCUUAAUCUUGUAGUUUUCCACUAGCUUCUGGCUUGUUUUUCCCCACACACAAAGCCCAGCUGCUGAGUCAGCUGUAACUGGUUUUCUACAAGGAACACACUAAAGAUCAUUUGCCUAAAAUUCAUACAACCAAGAUCUGUUACUGAAGAUAUUUUUACAGAAAGAUAGAGCUUCUGGCUUUAAUUUAAUGCAGAUAUUUUCCCCUUCAGGUCAAAACAUUUAGCUGUGCUUGGUAUAAACCAUUCAUUUCCAAUCUAAUACAGUUAUAGUGCAAUUUUCUCUAUGCCUGUGCAUUCUAUUUUAUUCUGUAUAAUCAGAGUCAAACCUCUGGGGCCUGAACUGCACUCUCAGCUGGUCACAAAAGAAUCCCUGCACGGUUCCAGAAGGGGUAAGGGGAAUGUUUCUGGUUUCCUGAUCAUUACUUAUCCCUCAAUCAAAACCUCCAACAAGGAUUCCUUUAUCCUUUUGUGCUGUGUGGAAAUAGGCUGUCAUGUUUCCCAGAUCAGAAUGUGAAACACAAGCGGAAGCAAUGGAAUCAUGGAAGAUAAGAGAUAAGUGUAAGCCUUUAUUGCUGCCUGUUUUGAUGGGAGAUAUCUACUCAUUCACCAAUAUCCAUAACAUUUGAGAAUGCAUCAGUGCCUCAGAGCCACACCCCCAGGCUUCACUGGUCAGGUAUCCUCCUCGCUAAAACUGUAGACAUAAAAUCCUGACUCAUGAGCCUCAAGACAUGUACAAACUUCAGGAUCUAAGGUGAGUAUGAAACUAGUCGUCUGCCCGACAGCAGUGAUACUUGCCUCCUCUAUGCUUGUCAGACCAGGAUUCCUACAGCGCUGCCUCUAAAAAUACCUGACCUAAAAGUGAAGGACAAGUGGAAAUCAGUGUGCUCUCCAAGACCAAUAUCCUGCUUACCCGUGACCAGCUACAGCGGAGAUUGUCUUAGGCUACACCAGGGUAUUGAUCAGCUGGAAAGUGGGGAGUAGAAGAAAUUUAAUCCUGACGAGUGGCAAGUGACUCCUUUUGGAAGGUCAGUUAAGGGAAGGACAUAUAGAGUAAAUAGUGAAGUGUUGAUGA